AUGGCUGGCGCGAAACACAGUGAAGCGCGCUCGGCAGGUUCGUCUCAAAGCUCCCGACAAGCGAAAGAAACUUUUUACGUGAUCAACGGACAGAAAAUAAAGUUCAACCUGCAGCCCGUCGUUACGCUGCAACGACUGACGGCUGCGGAUUGCGAGAAGUUCCAUUGCAAAACAACGAGCGUGCGUCUGAAAGCGGCGCAGAAACGGAGUCUGCGUGAACGCUCGCCACAGAGUGACAGUAGUUCAUCGAAUAGCGUAUACGAGAAACGACGCCGCAGCCACCGAAAAGCGACGAGUACCCUUCGUAGAUUGAGGAAACAACGUGAGAAAACCACGUCUCCUGUUUCACUCAGUCCACCAGUGGUGCUCAAGUUCGUCAAGGAAAGCUCGACUUCAUCUGAUGGGUGGACACUCCAUGGCGACUCUGCAGUAGAGUCGAAGACCAGCCGGAAAACGUCAAACAACAACAACAACAACGAGAACGAUAAUAGCUGUAGCGGUCGCGUCAACAACCACAAGAGUAAUAACGAUAGUAGCAACAACAACAACAACAACGAAGACGACGAUCAGAACGACAUCGUCAGCAACCUCACCGACAAUAACAGCAACAGUAGCACCGGCUCCUCUAGUCGAAGCCCUGCGAGCGAGAAGAUCAUCAUCAGCGGCAAUACUUCGAAGAGCAUAACCAUCAAAAUUAACAGCAAUCUCACCAUUGACAAGCGCGGGAGAAUUAAGGACAAGAGAAAAGGCGAUCGUAAUAAUCAUCAUCUCGCUUCCAAAAACCGAAAAUUGGCUUCUUCAAGCGCCUCGAGCGGGUCCGAAACAGACAUUGAACCCUACCAGUCUGGGAGGGAGCAGCUGCCCGACCUCACAGCUGCUGUCGAAGCGAAAACGGAGGAGGCGGAGCAGAACGCAGACCUCGUCGAGGACGUCGGCGCCAAGAACAGCGACGCCAACGAGUCACCCGGCAUCCGCGACAGCGAUAACGAGAGUGUCAGAGACGACGAAAACAAAAACGCUCAGAAUAGCUCCAGCACACCUAGUGCCAACAGCGAGGAGAAAGCCGCAACCCCUACAGUCCCUUCCGGAGCAGCCGAAGUCGAAUCUGCUGCCAUUGCCCGGGACGUCGAAGCUUUGGAGAAGGUCGGAACCCCAGAAGGAGCUCAUUUGGAGGCCGAGAAUCCCUGUGAAGAGGAAAAGGCUCCCGUUAUCGACGGAGAGUCUCAAUCUGCAGCCAAAGGAGAGGUUCAAGAGGGAGGUGAAGACGACUCGAAGAUGGCCGUAGAAACGCACGAGGAGCACGUCACCCUCAUAGAGGAUGACGACAUGGGCGGGGAACCAGUCGCCUCCGAAGACCUUACCCUGGUCAUCGUAGAAGACUCAGACUCGAACGAUGACGUCCCGGAGGAUGAGAUCAUCGGGCAGACCAUGCGCCCGACUGACCACUGCGCGCUCCAGAUGGAUCUCUACGCUAAUCUUGUCGCAUUGGAGCUCAACCGAGACUUCAAGAAGCCUCCAACUCGGAAGGACGAUAUGACUCUCGUCAAGGAAUACGCCAAAAACAAGGACAAACUGCUCACGCUCUUGUCGGAAGGGGUUUCCGAUCUCGCCAAGAAACUCACGGCGUGCAGCGUGGUGAAGAACACUGAAGCGAUCUCUAAAUUCUUCGGCAUUUUGCGCGACAUGGCAUCGGCCGAGAUCGCCACCGAGAAAGAAUUGUUAUCUCAGAUCAACAAGCUGGAGGAAAUCAUGGCAGACCUAGUCAUAAUGUACCGGGAAGAAGGAGACGCGUUCGAGCCCUGCGAUCUUCCGUAUUUGGGUGAACGUGCGAGGACGACCGAGGAAAUCAUGCGCUUCGAAAGCAAUCGACCGCUGCAGGAGUACCUCGGUCUCCGCGUUGACCCAGCACCAUCUCCUCCACCAGCUCCUGUUGCUCAUCAUCCCGUACCUUCUGCUGCUUCAAUGGUCUCGGUGUCGGCGGCGGUUGCGAGCGGUGUACCGGCGGCGUCGUUCAAAGAUCUCCAAAGCAUGAUGAAUGAUAAAGUUCCGUCACCGACCCUCGGGCAACAACUGGUGCAGAGACCUCCUCCGUAUCAAUUGUCAGCAUCCCCGAAUAUGCUACCACCGCAUCAAAUGGUGCAACAGUCGCAAGCGCGGGGUUACCUCCCACGACCGCGACCGAUCACCUCGACAAAGUACCAGCCUUACCCAAACCAAUCAAGUGCGCAGCAACAAUUCGCCGCUCAGCAACUCGCGCGACAGAAUCAAUUAAGGUACCAGCAACAGCAGCAGCAGCAGCAACAACAACAGCAACAACAGCAGCAGCAGCAACAACAGCAACAGCAACAACAACAGCAGCAGCAGCAAUCACAAUUCCACCAAGCUCAAAGUCUGCUACAGCAGAAGCAGCAUCAACAAAUGCAACAACAGCAAAUUCAACAGCAACAAAUGCAUCAACAGCGAAUCGCCCAAGCUCAAGCCCAACAUCGAUCCUUCGGAUUGUCACGCAUGACACCAGUGACUUCACCAGCCAAUGUAAACAAAGCGCCACCUUCAUCAUCUCCGAAACCUGCGUCUACCGCUAUUAAUUUGCCGUCUGGUUUAUCGAUCACUCCGGUGGUUCCCGCAAAGAAACCGGAAAUCCAGCUGCCGCGGGAUAUCCAGAUGAUUCCACUCCAGCAGAAAGCUCCUGUAAUACCGAAGCUCCCUCCCGGAAUAACAGUGACACACGUCAACAAUCAGUCAGGGCUCGCCUCAGUUGCCGCCUCCAUUUCGGUUGCACCGGUUCCGCAGCCCGUUGUUCACCACCGUGCAUCGGCUCCCGUCGUGAAGCCGUCCCUACCGAAGCAGCUCAUGCCGCGUUCCGUUCUGCUUCCUCUUUCGCAUCAGCAGCAGCAACAGCAGCUCUUGGCCCGUCAGCAGCAACAACAGCAACAGCAGCAGCAGCAGCAACAACAACAGCAGCAGCAUCAGCAUCGCCUGAUGCAGCAGCAGCAAGAGCAAUGGCGUUUGCAGCAGGUCCAGCAACAAGCUCAACAGCAAGCACAGACUCAACAGCGUCUUCAGCAACUCAUGCAGCAACGACAACUGACUCCUCAGAAUCAGCAGCACUUCUACCGUAUCAACAACGCACAAUCGUCUCAACCUCAGUCCAUACAACAGCAGCGCUGGCAGCAACAGCCGAGUCCGGGCGCUCAGCCACAGCAACAACCUCCGUCGGCGCAACAGCAGCAUUCUCAACAGCGACAAUAUUAUUGA